AUGAAUGCACAACGUAGAGUGGUAGUACACUGCUGGAGAUUCGUCAGAGAUGGGAAGGAGCAUCCCAAGUACACUGAGAAAUUUGUGAAAGAGGAGCCUUUCCUGGAGUUUGGAGCUGGUGCGGUUGUAGAGGGGCAAGGGCCAGAUACAUCGUGGGUAGAAGCGCUGGAAAACCAAGAAGCCUGUCCCAAGUCCCCAGAGUUGAGCACCAACCACAGGAAAGCCAGCCUAUCCAGCUCUGCGGUCAGCACCGACACCCGCGGGCGCGGCAGGAGAGCGCGAUUCCAGCAGAUCUGGUACCGGUGCCCCAGAGGCGGCGGAGCAUGCUCAGUUGCCCGGACGCGUGGCCGGGUUGCAGGGGAGAAACGCCGCGUGAGGGGGGUGGGGGGAGAGGGUAUCACAGCCCAGCAGGCGCCGGGCCGCAGAGGGGGGGGGGGGGGGGGGUCGCGCCGAGGGGGCGGGGCCUCGCACGCACGCUCCCUCCUAGCUCUUCCCCCGCCCCCAGCCACGCGCGGGCCUUCUGCACGCCCGUCGCCCGUUGCCUUGGCAACCGUCGCACCGCGUCUUCCUGAGGGAGCUUCUGUCAGCCGGCAGAUCCCAUCGGCCGCUCCCCACUGCCGGGGAUUUUCGCGUGGGCUCAGAGACGGAGGGACAACAAAAAAAAUGGCGGAGCGGAGCCAGACGGCGCCUGAGGCAGGCAAUGACAUGGGAAAUGAUGAUGCCAUCGGAGGGAAUGUGAGCAAAUAUAUGGUGCUUCCUGCUGGAUAUUGUGGACUGCCCAGAAAAGGACAUCUUAUCUUUGAUGCUUGCUUUGAAAGUGGCAACCUUGGACGGGUGGACCAGGUCUCUGAGUUUGAGUAUGAUUUGUUCAUUAGGCCGGAUACCUGUAAUCCACGUUUCCGAGUCUGGUUCAACUUUACUGUUGAAAACGUGAAAGAAUCACAGAGAGUCAUUUUCAACAUUGUUAACUUCAGCAAAACUAAAAGUCUUUAUAGAGAUGGGAUGGCCCCUAUGGUGAAAUCCACCAGCAGACCAAAAUGGCAAAGGCUGCCACCUAAAAAUGUUUACUACUACCGCUGCCCAGACCAUAGGAAGAAUUACGUGAUGUCCUUUGCAUUUUGUUUUGACCGAGAAGAAGAUAUUUAUCAAUUUGCUUACUGCUACCCGUAUACGUACACUCGCUUUCAGCACUACCUUGACAGCCUGCAGAAGAGAAACAUGGAUUACUUCUUUCGGGAGCAGCUGGGUCAGAGCGUGGUAAGGCCCAUUCAGAAACCAGCAGCCCAGGGGAAGAGUUUACCAGUAGUUUUUAUAGAAUGCAAAUAA